AACGGAACCUUGUAAGUUUACCCGCGACGUGUCCGGGCUCAAGUCAAUGACGGACCAUUUCCUCCACCGGUUGUCAACAACACAGCAGCCCCACGCGGGUUUUGGGUCAAGAUGCCGAAGAGCCAGAAGCAGAAAGCUGCGGAGAAGGUGGUGCACCCGUACAGCAGGAGAGCCGCUUACCUGGCCCGAGAAGAGAUCAGGCUGAAGAAGAAAGACAGGCAAAAGAGUGAGAAAGCAUCACGUCUGAGCAACAUUGGUGAAAAGCUGCUGUGGUUUCAGAGUAAUUUGGAUUCAACAAAAACAAAUUACACAAAGAAAGAUGUCUGUGACAUCAUUGAACAGUACCUUCACAGAUUUGAUUUGGAGCUAGAGCAGAUUGAAUUAGUGAAUGGGAUCAAGGGUCGACAAGGUCGUCUCCACAGCUCCAGAGAGUCGGUCAUCAAACAGACUAUUGAGCGUGAACGGGCACAGUACGACGGUGUCGGCUUUGAGAUCCCAGACAUCAUGAAUGCCAAGCAUCUGAAAACAUUUAGAGAGUGGACUGGAGAUCUGAAGAAACUUCCAAAUAUCAAACUGCGAAAGGUUUCAAAUAAAUCCCCGGACACAAAAAAUGAAGCUGAGGCGACAGAAGAGGCUGAAGAUGAUUUGGACAAUGAGGAAGUGGAUGAGGCCGUGGAGAUGUCAGACUCCCAGUGACGGUCACCUUUGCAUGAGAGUCUCUGUGGAUCUUGGACAUUAACUAUCCUUAAAUAAAGAUUUGUAUUCUGUAUCCAGACAUUGAUGUUAAAACAGCUUCUCUGGGUAGUCUACAUUCAUUUUUUAUUGCACAGACAAAAAUAGUGUUGUAUGUAACCUGCACGGAGCUAGAAAGAGUUCUAAGAUGUUAUAGCGAAUUUAAGACACAAAGAAAGGAAAUUUAAAACCUGUAGAAAAGAACGAUAAACCAAGACAAUCACGACUAUAGUCUAACAGAAAAACAUGAACAGAUGGCAACCAUGAACUUUCUAGUUACAUUAAUGUGUAAUAACUGACCUCCGGGGCCCUACAGCUGCAAAACAUCAUCAUUACAAACGGAUUACUAGUUGGUAUAUUUGAACAAUUAUUGAGUAUUUUUUCUGUGAAAGUCAACCUCAAAAUAUUACAGACUUUUGACUGAUAUACCAGUAGAUAUUUAGUUUGAAUAACUGUUUCUCUCCUUGUUAUAUGCCUCUUUGGUGUCUGACUACCUGAUUGUCCAGAACCACCGUUAUGGCCUCAGUAUGCUUCAGACAAAGUGCUAGUCGGAUCAUCUCCACACCAUUUUCUUUUUUUUUUAUACACAUUUUACAAAACUUAUGUUUUCUUUUUCAUUCAGAUACAAGUGCCCAUUUUAGUUUUUCUCAGGCUCUAAUAAAAAUGCUUUUGGGGUGAAGUUUUGGAUCCGUUACACCCAAUCAGGAGGUUUAUGAGUUUAAGAGACUCAACAAAGUCACUUUAGCAGUUUGGAAAUUCUUAAGUGGAGGAUUUGGAUCUCAUGAGGAUGAGCCUGUUGCAUAUUUAAAGAAAAAGAAAAGCAGGGCUGAUCAGGGUGUGAGGUUCUGAGGUGUAUCAGAGUAUGGGACAUGCUUGAUCUGAGGCCAUUUAAAGUGCACAGCACUGGGAGAGGUGUUGAACCUCUCACAGUAACAUAGAAGCCUUCCUUACUCAUUAAUUACUCAACUCCAUGGUACGGUUGUUGCUGGAUUUACAGUUCUGCAUGCCUCUCAUCUUUCCAAACUCGUUGAAAUAUUUUCACUACUUGACACAGUCUUGAAGCAUAUUGAGACCUUGAAGUAGAUCGCAUCCACAGGGCUUUCACAAGUUUCACUUAUGUCAGUGCUGGUUUUAAAAAGUGCAUACAAAUAAACUGGCAGUUUACCAUUUAA